AGAGAGAGAGAGAGAGAGAGAGAGAGAGAGAGAGAGAGAGCUGUUCAGAAGAGUCUAUUGUAUCGAUAUCAUGUGAAAAAAAUAGGUGACAACACUGCAAGACAUAUUAAUGUAAUAGUUAAUCAUGUUACGGAAAGCCAUUUAUUAUUAUAAGGCUAAACAUCAACUUUAAGCCACUGGUUACAAAGGUUAAAUUAAGAAUUAAAGGUUAAAAAAGGUUAAAUACAGAAGUGUUUCGAUUACCCAGCACCGUUUAAUUGCAAUGUGAUUGUAAUGCUGUGCCACUGCUAGUCAGUAUUAUGGCUAAUUCAAAGAAAAAUAGCAGUUGGCUUUUGCCAACGUUCGAUGAUGUUAAACCUUCUAAAAAGUUGCCAGCUGUAAAAAGAAGUUCAUUAGAAUUAUUAGAAAAAAGUUUCUCCGAUAUUACUACAAAUUACAGUUGUAGUCCGUCAGUUCCUAAAAAAAAUUGUACUACCAGUUUGUCCACUUUAUUAAAAGCUUGCGAACCACGAAAGCCUUCUGAAUUAGUAGUUAGUAGACAAAAGCAACAAGAGAUCACAGACUGGUUAGAAUAUAAAGUUAUAAAGGGAAAACCUAGUGCUUUAAUUAUAUCUGGUCCAUCUGGUUGUGGGAAGACAGAAGCAAUAAGACUAUUGGCCAAGGAAAAUGGUUUCAAUGUUACAGAAUGGAUUACUCCCAUUGACCAAGCAAUGGAUGAAAAUAAUAGGGUAAUGAGACAAGGAGAUAAAUUUGAAGAAUUUUUAAUUAGGGCUACUAGGUACAGUUCAGUUUUGAGUACUUACCACAGUCGUCUCCUUCUUGUAAAGGACUUUCCAAAUAUCUACAUUCAAGAAAAAAACAGUUUCUUCUCUCUAUUGGAGAAAUACUAUGAAAUGGGGAAGGAACCUAUAGUUUUUAUUUGUACAGAACUAGGAAACUCAAGUCUAUCACAAAAAUUGUUUCCUCCUAAUAUAAGAGAAAAGUUUGGUAUAGUCUCAAUCAACGUCAAUCCUGUUACACAAACUGCAAUGAAAAAUGCAUUAAAACGAAUUGGAGAAAGUCUGAAUUCAAUUGCCAGUAAUAUUUUGCGUGUCUCACAAGAUAAAAUUGAUGAAAUAUUGUCCAAUAGUAUAGGAGAUAUCAGAAACGCGGUUAUUAAUCUUAUAUUUAUUUCGUUGAAAGUUCCAAAGGAACGAGAAGAAAAUAAAUGCCUUAUUCGAGAAGAAGGUUUGGGACUUCUACAUGGUGUUGGACGGGUAAUUAAUCCGAAAAGAGUUCCAAAUGAUAAUUCUUGGAAAUUCGCUCAUGAUCCCGACGACAUUGCAUCGUAUUUCCAAUCGCAAGCAACAGUAUUCUUGAAUUUUUUACAGGAAAAUUAUUUAAAUACCAUGAGAGGGAUCGAGGAAGUGAACGCUUGUGCGAAUAUUUUGAGUUUAGCAGAUGUAUUAAAUUCUGAAUGGCGUGACUUGAAUUUAACUAAAGUUACGUUAUCUUUCUGCAUUCGAGGUGCUAUGGUAACCAAUGAAAAACCAAUUUCCGGUUGGAAUCCCGUAAGAAAACCACCAAGUAUACAAACCGAGAUGCGAAGAUGUUUAGCAGCUGCCGAAAUUCGAUGGUAUGAGUCCAUCAUUAAUUCAAAGCCGAGACCCAUGGAAGAAUUACUUGACAUUGAUAUGGAAACAGUUAUCGAAUAAGUUCUAUGGAAAUUGAAAUCUCAAAGAAAGAAUAUCUAUCAUGUACACGGUGUAAAGAAAUGUUCUUUUGAGGGGUCAACAAUGGAUCACCGAUCUGUACAUAAACAAAUUUUGUUUAUUUAGCAGUUCUAAAACAUAGUAUCAACAAAAAGUGCGCGAUCCAAAAGAUUUUAAGAUGAAUCGCUUCUCAAAGAAUUUUGAUUAUGAUUUUGAACACUUGUUGAAAUAUAUGUUUACAUCCUUUUACAACAGUCUUCGUAUUUAUUGCGUAAUAUUUGCAAUAAUAUUUUAUUCUGUACAAUUCUUAAUUUAAUGCGAAAAGAAUAAAUAUUUUAUUCGAGUUAUUCUCUUCGAAACCCUUUAAACGUUAAAGAAGAAAGUCAUUUAAAGCAGAAGUAUGAGAAAUCGAUAUCGCACUUUGCGACGAGUAUUUCAUUGAUAAUUAUAUGAUAAUGCGCGAAUACCUAACAUCUAUGUUUCAUAAAUAAUGUUUAAACGAUUACAUUUAAUUCACUACGUUUGUACAUUAGUUAUAAACUUUGUACACCUUCUAAUUAUAAUGCGAAGUUGCAUUCAUGAAACUACCUCGACUAAAAAUCUUUAUAGAAAAAUGCAGUAGCAAGCAGUCUUCCACUUUGAAUACCUAUCAUAUUUAUCAGUGUUAGUCAAAUUACCUCAGAUCGCUUGAAAAUAUCUCAAAUAAUUUUGAAUAUGCGUACAGUCUAUUUCUUUGAGUGCAGAGGUGAGAAAGUCUUCUGCAGAAAAUUUGAACAACACUGAUUCGACGGUAGAGCGUUCGUUAAAUGGCCAGUAUUACAAAAUCUUAGGUAUAAAUUCGGUUAAAAAAGAAAGUAUUUGUAAAACGAAUAAAUGAUCUAAAACUUU